UCGACGACCUUCAUCAACACUGCAACCGUAGACUGCGACACGGUCUAUAUCAUCUAUCCCACCCACACAGAGCGCAACCUUACGAGCACAGCCGCCGUGUUCGAUAUCCCCAUCGCCAUGGCUCGCACUAUCCUUCGCUACCCAGGAAAUCUGAAGUUCUGGCGUUUCAAAUUCUCCAACAUCACCCCUAUCAGCAAGAAGCAUAAUCAACCAAAGAAUAAGGAGAAAGCACCCGGACACCCUCCCGAGCAGCUUCGCAGUGCUCCGGUUCCCGAAAACCAAGCAUCUAACUCUAGAAUCAGCUUGGUAACCACAUCGACUGAGUUUACAGACUUGACUGCUGGAGAAUCAACCUCUGCACGCAGUCUCUCUCUUCGACAGGAGAUGCGGAACGAGGAACGCAAUCCAACUUCCGCCCAUCUCGACCGGGGCCUGAUCAAAAUACCAGAAAUACCGGAAUCUGCGCUUGGCCUCGACUUCGAACAAGGGACACUGGGUUCAUGGGCUGUUCUCCAUCCAAAGCCAGAUCCAAGGACGACUCUACACUCUCCAUCCCAGCUACAUCUAGAUUCAAGCACAAGGGAAACAUCUGCGCAAACUCAGAACAGUGCGCCAGAGGCGUCUCGACCCUCUUCACAGGGUCCCACCAGCGCAGCCACACAUACCACGCCCAAACCUCGCAGACCUAAGACUCUGCACCGCAUCUACUCCCGGUACGGCGUCUCUCUCUACCAACCAGCGGGUCCUUCCGGCAGCCGUCCAGGCCGGCACGACCACCCUGGCGCCAGGAGCAAUCCCAACAUUGCCGAGCCAGACGUCAAGCCAUAUAUCUACUCACCAUCGCCCCCAUCCCAACCAUCGCCAGCGCUCCGCCGCUCCAACGCAGUCAGAUACCCGACAUUGCGUGCUCAAUAUGAUGGAGCCAGGUCAGCCACAGUUUCGGACCCUUCGGAUGAGGAGGAUACCAUGGACAUGGACUUAGCUGGUCUGAGGUGGGUGCGAAUGUACUACAUGUCCAGUGGGGAGGAUGAGAACGAGCGUCGCGGCAGUAUUCUUGAGUAA